CUGCCCGCUCACACUGAUCCAGGGUCUGUAAAGAUCCCCGGUGCUCCCCGCGCUCUCUGCCCGACCCUCCGCUGCUUCCAGUCGGCUCCGCAGGGACCGAGCUGCCGGUGCGUGUGUCUCAGCGUCAGGAUUCGAACCUCUCCGCCCCGCAGCCAGCAGCCGUUUCCCGGUGGCCCGUUGGGAUUAUGCCCGUUUCCAGCCGGAGGGACGAUGUAGGGAUUCGACCCACGAGCGGCCUCGACUUUUUCCAGCGGAGAAACUGCGGAGCAGGAGGAAACUUUUCCGUCGGAGCCGGAUCCCGGAGCUCGCCCAGUGUCCCCGGCCCCAGCGGGUUAUGAGCGGCUCCCCCGGCCCGGGAUCGAGCGUGUGGAACUUUGAAUGAUUAAAACGUUGUUCCGGAGGAAACCGCAGAACCAGGACAUAUCUCCACUCCUCAGGAAUUCCGACGCCACAAAGUGAACCGCGGAGCAGCAGCCCGCAGCUAGCGUCCCGACAUGCCGCAGCUACCCGGGGGAGACGACCUGGGGGCGAGCGACGAGCUGAUCCCGUUCAAAGACGAGGGCGAGCAGGAGGAGAAGAGGAACGUGUCCUCCGGGAGAGACCUGGACGACGUCAAGUCCUCCCUGGUCAACGAGUCCGAGACCAACAGCAGCUCCGACUCCGAGGCAGACAGACGGCCCCAGCUCCGCCAUGAUCUGGAGAACAGGCUCAGACACAGUCAGCUGUUUGAAGAUGCGCUGAGGAGGCAGCAGGACGGGGGUCUCUUCCAGCCGUCGCCCUACGUUGGAUAUCCCUUCUUCAUGAUCCCAGACCUUGGGAACCUCUGCAGUCCCUACCUCGCCAACGCAGGCCUCCCGACAAGUGCCCGCACGUACCUGCCAUUCCAGUGGCCUCUGCUGGACGUCCCUGGAAGAGCAACCAUCAGAGACUCUGCUACUCCUACACAACUGUCUAACAGUGUACCUGUAGUGCAGCACCCCCACAUGACCCACCUCCACCCGCUGCUGUCCUACAGUCCAGAGGCCUUCUCCCCUCAGAGGGCCUCACCCGGCUUCUCUCCUGACGCAGGUGUGUCGAGGUCGCCUCACUCUGCCUGUUACCCUGUCUCUCCUGGAGCCAUGACUCCCAUCCCUCACCUGUUUGAUUGGCUGCAGCGACAGCCCAUGUAUCCCAUGGGAGGGGGGUUCACACCUGCUGCUCUGUCCAGUCUGGUGUCGAGUGGUUUCUCUCCACGUCUGGUGCAGAACCCCCAGGCGUCCAUCCCCCACCCGGCCAUCGUGCCCACGGGGGGGGAGCAGCAGCCUGGAUGCAGCAGCCAGCCCAGCAGGAAGUCGAUGCCUGAAGCUCACCAGGAGAAAGAGGAGGAGAAGAAGCCUCACAUCAAGAAGCCCCUGAACGCCUUCAUGCUCUACAUGAGGGAGGAGAGGCCCAAGGUGGUGGCCCAGUGCAACGUGAAGGAGAGCGCCACCAUCAACCAGAUACUGGGACAGCGGUGGCACUCGCUGUCGAAAGAGGAGCAGAGUAAGUUUUAUGAGCUGGCUCGUCAGGAGCGCCUCCUCCACUCCAAGCUGUACCCCGGCUGGUCGGCCAGAGACAACUACGGUAAAAAGAAGAAGAGGAAGAGGACGAAGAGCGAGACGCAGUUUGAAGCUCCUGCAGCCGACGGCGAUUUCUCUCCUCAGCUGAAGAGACCUCGCGAGGAGACGCCACACGCCCUGCUCCCCCACCCCCCCCCACAGACUGCGCACACACACACCCGCCCUCACACCGUCUCACACCUGACGCACACACACCUCUCCCAGGCCAGCCCCGCCUCCUCGCUGGACUCCCCGGCCACGCCCACCACGGCGCUGGCCUCGCCCGCCGCCCCCGCCCCCACGCACACCGAGCACACGCACUCGUCAUACAGUGGACACAUGUCCCCCUACGCCGAGCAGCUGCAGCCGCUGUCCCUCACCACCAGGCCCCACAGGUCCUCCCUCCCCCUGGGCCGCACCGCCGCCACCUCCGGACCCUCCACGCCGUCCUCCUCCUCCUCCGACACCCCCACCCCCUCACCCCUCAUGGCUGCUUCCAGGAGUUCACCCCUUCCUCCCCCCCUGCACACGCAGCCGUUCCUCGUCCCGCCUCCUACCUCCGCUCACCAAUCAGCAGCGAGCGCUCCCGGUGCCUUAACUCAGUCGCAGCCGUUCUCGCUCAGAAGAACCAAUCAGCUGUGAGGAGCCGCCUCCACUGGGAUUUGACAAGUGAUCUGUUCGUCUUCGUUUUUUAAACUUUUUUAUAGAUGUAUCACAUUUUAUAUUGUAAAGGACAAACAAUUGGUCAAUAUUUGACUCUAACUUCAUCAAACUGUAUUUUUUUAGAAUCUCACUUUUUCUAAAGACUUUUUACGGACGUUGACUUGUUGUUGAACGAGGUGUGGUCACGAGGGUCUCACUGUUUAAAACCUUUUCCACUUGGUAGUUGUGAGUGUUGCUUCAUUUUCUGGUUCCUUCUCUGUGUUAAUAAAUAUUCACUGAGUUCUGACACGU